CCACUGCGCACGCAGCCUCAGCCCCUUUCCCCGCCCUUUCUCUUCCCGGUUUGUGUCAGCCUGUGAGUCCAGUCUACGGGCUGCUUCCGGUGGGAGAGGCGAGUAGGGCGAGCCAGUCUCACCUCCUCAUCAUGUCCUACGGACCCUUAGACAUGUACCGGAACCCGGGGCCUUCGGGGCCCCAGCUCCGGGACUUCAACAGCAUCAUCCAGACCUGCAGCGGCAACAUCCAGCGGAUCAGCCAAGCCACUGCUCAGAUAAAGAAUUUGAUGAGCCAACUAGGAACGAAGCAGGACUCAAGCAAGCUACAAGAGAAUCUGCAACAGUUACAGCACUCCACGAAUCAACUUGCCAAGGAAACAAAUGAAUUGCUGAAGGAAUUAGGGUCCUUGCCCCUUCCCUUAUCUACUUCAGAGCAGCGCCAGCAGAAACUUCAGAAGGAACGCCUCAUGAAUGACUUCUCUGCAGCCUUAAACAGUUUCCAGGCGGUGCAGAGGAGGGUAUCGGAGAAGGAAAAGGAGAGUAUUGCGAGGGCUAGAGCUGGAUCACGUCUUUCUACAGAAGAAAGGCAAAGAGAGGAGCAGCUCGUCUCAUUUGACAGCCAUGAGGAGUGGAACCAGAUGCAGAGCCAGGAGGACGAGGCAGCCAUCACUGAGCAGGACCUGGAACUUAUUAAGGAGAGGGAAACGGCAAUUCGGCAGUUAGAGGCUGACAUUUUGGACGUUAAUCAGAUAUUCAAAGAUUUGGCUAUGAUGAUCCAUGACCAGGGUGAUCUGAUUGAUAGCAUAGAAGCCAAUGUGGAAAGCUCAGAAGUGCACGUUGAAAGAGCCACUGAUCAGUUACAGCGAGCUGCUUAUUAUCAGAAAAAAUCUCGCAAGAAGACGUGUAUCCUGGUGCUUGUCCUGUCAGUGAUGAUUACAGUCUUGGGACUUAUUAUCUGGGCAGGUAAACCCCCACCUGGUUUACAUCUGGAUGUAGUCAAAGGAGACAAACUAAUUGAGAAACUGAUCAUUGAUGAGAAGAAGUAUUACUUAUUUGGGAGAAACCCUGAUUUGUGUGACUUUACCAUUGACCACCAGUCUUGCUCUCGGGUCCAUGCUGCACUGGUUUACCACAAGCAUCUGAAGAGAGUUUUCCUGAUAGAUCUUAACAGUACACAUGGCACUUUCUUAGGUCACAUUCGGUUGGAACCUCACAAGCCUCAGCAAAUUCCCAUCGAUUCCACAGUCUCAUUUGGUGCAUCCACAAGGGCAUACACUCUGCGUGAGAAGCCUCAGACACUGCCAUCAGCUGUGAAAGGAGAUGAAAAGAUGGGUGGAGAAGAUGAUGAACUCAAGGGCUUACUGGGGCUUCCAGAGGAGGAAACUGAGCUUGAUAAUCUAACAGAAUUUAACACUGCCCACAACAAGCGGAUUUCUACACUCACUAUUGAGGAGGGAAAUCUAGACAUUCAGAGACCAAAGAGGAAGCGGAAGAACUCGAGAGUGACUUUCAGUGAUGAUGAUGAAAUCAUCAACCCAGAGGAUGUGGAUCCCUCAGUUGGUCGCUUCCGGAACAUGGUGCAAACCGCAGUGGUCCCAGUCAAGAAGAAACGGGUGGAUGGCCCCGGCUCCCUGGGCCUGGAGGAAUCUGGGAGCAGGCGCAUGCAGAACUUUGCCUUCAGUGGAGGACUCUACGGGGGCCUGCCCCCCACGCAUAGUGAAGCAGGCUCCCAGCCACAUGGCAUCCAUGGGACAGCACUCAUUGGUGGCUUGCCCAUGCCAUACCCAAACCUCGCUCCUGAUGUGGACUUGACACCCGUCGCGCCAUCAGCAGUGAACAUGAACCCCACACCAAACCCUGUAGUCUAUAAUCCUGAAGCUGUUAAUGAACCCAAGAAGAAGAAAUAUGCAAAAGAGGCGUGGCCGGGCAAGAAGCCCACACCUUCCUUACUGAUUUGAUAUUUUUGGUCAUGGAGAAAGGUGGGAGUGGGUGGGGUGGGAUGGAAGGGUGACGGGGGAGCUAAUGUACAAGGGAGAAAAACUUUCCAUGUGUGCAGUAUCGUCUUUCAGAAUGUCUCCUGGGGUCCUGACCGUGUAUAUGAAGACUGGGGUGGGCUGAAAUAUCCCAUGAAGCUGUCUGCACAACACUGCUGGUAUAGAGAAAGGUUGUGUUGGUUGCUUUAGGUGCACCACUCUGGCUCUUUCUCAGGCCUUCCAUUGGCUCCUUCGUCCUUCUCCCUCUGUAGUAUCAUUUUUAUGUGAUGUCGCAUAGCCCAGGUAGAAUUCAGAGCUGUGGAAGUAGCAGUAGCCUCAUUUACAUUUACUGUCGUCGUAAAUCCCAGAUAGCAAAGGGUUGCCAUGGAUCCCAGGCUGAUCAAAAAGGUUUAGCAUUCUAAAGGUUUAAACUCUAACAUAUUUUCAUGGGUCAGUGGUUUUGAGGUCCAAUGGUUAGGCUUUUCUCUUUUGUCCUUUCUAUUGGAAUGAGAACGUUUUAAUUUCCUUUUAUCUGUGCCCAAUGCAGGUUUAUAGUUUUUAACUUGCAGUAUUUGAACUGUACCUAUUUUCUUGUCAAACCUGAGCACUCCACUUACCUAAAUUUCUCAUUUAGUUCCAGAGUAAGUACUGUCCUCUACUCUCUAAGGCAUUAUUCUUCUUUUUCAGUGUGUUAUGUUUAUGUUUUUGUUUUUGUUUUGAGACAGGGUCUUGCUAUAUAGUGCAGGCUGGCCUUGAACUCACAGUGAUCCUCCUGCCUCAGCCUCCUGAGUGCUAGGAUUAUAGGUGUCCACCACCGUACCUGGCUUUCAGUGUGUUAUGAAGGCAAUUUUUUCCCUAGGCUGUGACCACUUAGGUCAAUUCAAAUUUAAAAGAAAAUAUAUGGACAGGGGAUUUAGCUCAGCAGUCAAGCACUUGCUUAGAAAGCACAAGGUUGUGAGUUUGGUUCCCUGGUACCAAAAAAAACUAAAGUCAAAGAUGUUAAAAGAAAAUAAUUUCUUUUGCAAGCAACUGUUGUCUCUCCAGAGGACAUUUUUACCUGUUGAUUUGGAGGCUCUUCCCCCCUCAGUUGAGAGCUCUUUCCUCAGAGCUCCAAGACUAGACCUGGCUAUAGGAGACAGAGGUAGGAAACGUUAAUAGGAGCUUUGUACAGAGAUUUGUACAUUUGUGUAAUAGGGCUUUUCAUGCUUUAUGUGUAGCUUUUUACCUGUAACCUUUAUUACAUUGUAAAUUAAAUGUAACUUUUGUCA